CAUUUUCAAUUAUGCUCAUUUAAUCAGGUUGAGGCUCUGUCCUCAGAAAAGGCGACUAUAUUGUUCAGAAUGGAGGCAGUUUCAAGGUUGCUAGAAGAAAAUAAGUCAAUGAGCAGUAGCUCAUCAAGAGAUUUGGAAUCUGGAGCAUGGGAGCUCUCCCAGUCAAAGUUGGGGCCUCUUUUCGAAGACAAAAUCCGUUCAGGGAGGAGGCAUAUAGGAUCACUGGUUCUGCAGUUGGAUUCAAUUUUUUUGGCCGGUAUGGUUUCUGAGGCGAAAUCCAACCGCAAAAAUAUGGUCUUUGGUUUACCUUGUAUGCCUUCACUUUUGGGUCGUUUACAUUCUAAUGUCACAUUCAAACACAUCAAAUGAGGCCAGAUCGGGCGCUGUCUUUUCCUUGGAGAAUAUCAAUAACACUACAGCUUUAUAA